AUGACUCCUUGCCGGAAGAGUUUAAUAAUCCCCUGCAUCAUUUUUAUAUAUUUAUAUAUCUUUCUCUUAUCUUCUCAAAACCUCAUUUUUUUUAUAAUUAGUUGUUAUUUUCAAGAGACUAGCCAAGCCACCACUACUGGAUUUCAACAAGUGCAAUUGGUACAGUAGGAGAGCAGGCUUAAAUCUUAAUUAGUUCCAAUGGUUGAGCUCAAUGCAAUAAUCCGGCAGAAUCCUGCACCACCAACGCCGCCACCACCACCACCUCCAUCACCGUUGCAACAAAAUCUUCCUUGUCAAGAUUUUCUUGCUGAUGACAGAAGAGGAGAAUUCAAUGACAUUUGUGUUCGUCUAUGCAAAGCAUCAAUCAAAGGAGAUUGGAAAACUGCAAAAGCCAUUCUUCAAAAGAACAAAGAACUCAUCCGUUGUAGCAUCACUGAAAAACAUGAAACAGCACUUCAUGUUGCAGCAUUAGCCGAAAGCACCAGUUUCGUGAAUAAUCUUGUGGAAAUCAUGGAACCCAAGGACUUGCUACUUCAAACUAAAACCGGCGACACUGCUCUCUGCUUAGCAGCUGCAGCUGGAAAUGUCAGGAUGGCAAAGAUCAUGGUGGCUAAGAACGACAGCCUGCUGAACAUCCGUGGUAGUGAAGGAUUAGAACCACUCUGUGUUGCUGCAUUUUAUGGAAACCGUGAUAUGGUGGAUUAUCUUUAUGAAAAGUCUAACAAAAUGACAGGGCUUGAUUGGAAAGCUUCAACUAAGCAAUGGCUUUUGUUAAAAUGCAUUGAGUUUGACCUCUUCGAUGCUGCACUAAAUAUACUCGAAGACCACCCAGACCUCGCUCAAAGUGGGACUAUACUUGGAGUUUUAGCUCAAAAGCCUUAUGCAUUUAAGGAACCACAACCACAUAUCAUUUGGAGAAUCAUCAAGUCAACCAUUUGUUUGAAGGUAGGACCUGAUGCAAGGGAAAGCCAGGCCAUGCAAGUUCUAAGAAAAGUUUGGACAAGAAUUGUUCAAAGGCCAAAGGCUGAAGUAGAUAAUAUACUCAGAGGUCCCGGGACUGUGAUUAAUGGAAGGGUAAUAUACUCCUCUCAUAUACUGUUUGUUGCAGCCGAAAUGGGGAACACAGAGUUUGUACUUGAGCUUAUUAGUAAAUAUCCUGAUCUUAUAUGGAAGAACAAUGAAAAUAAACAAAGUAUAUUUCACAUUGCUGUGUCUCAUCGUAAUGAGGGUAUCUAUAAACUAUUAUAUGAGAUAGGAUCAAUGAAGGAUAUGAUAACUCGUCUCACAGACACAGAUCGCAAUAAUAUGCUUCAUUUAGUUGGUAAGAAUGCAGUGAAAAACCGACUUGAGGAUGUCUCAGGAGUAGCUUUUCAAAUGCAACGUGAAUUAAUAUGGUUCAAGGAGGUAGAGUCUAUGAUUCCUCCUUUUUAUAGAAAAGAAAAGAAUAAUGAUGGCUUAACACCACUUGAAUUAUUCACCGAAAGCCAUAAAGAUCUAGUGUCAAAAGGUGAGGAAUGGAUGAAAGGAACAGCUAGUCAAUGCAUGGUGGUUGCUGCACUUAUAGCUACCAUUGUGUUUGCUGUGGCUUUUACAAUUCCAGGUGGUUACAACCAAAAUGGGUUUCCCGUGUUCCUCCCAAAAGGACUCUUCAUAGCUUUUGUCAUAGUGGAUGCAAUUUCUUUAGUUUUAUCUUCGACUUCAAUCCUUGUGUUCUUAUCCAUCCUUACAUCUCGUUAUGCUCAACAAGAUUUCUUAAAAGCAUUACCCAAAAAGCUAUUGAUAGGUCUAGGAACACUUUUCCUCUCAAUAAUGACUAUGAUGGUUGCUUUUAGCAUUAGCUUCUUCUUGCUAUAUGAAGAAAAGUUAAUCACGGUAGCAAUUCCAAUUAGCAUAUUUGCUGUUAUACCUAUCAUUUCAUAUGCUAAACUUCAUUAUCCUCUUCUGAUGGAUUCAUUUCACUCGACACGUAGUUCAAGAUAUCUCUUUAAACCGCGGAGACGACUGUUUUUCUAUGAAAAUCCCAAAUUGUAAUUGUUAUGAUUGUUUGAAUUUGAGCCUCCAUUUACUAACUUUGAUUAUGUGUAUUUGAAAGAUGCAGUUAAUGUGUAGUUUAAAACUGUAUAGUGGUACGAAAAAAGAACAACGUAAUGUUAGAUUUUGGCGUCCUAAGAAUAUCAGUUUAUUUGGAUAUUUCAAGGAUCAUGAUUACAAUCACUUUCCAAUGUCUCUGAUUACCUUAUAACCUAUAACAUAGGGUAUAACGAAAUCAGAUUUGGGAUAAUCUAAAGAAUGACAAUUUAGAAGUCGUGUCACGUCCAAAUCUGAAACACAGAAAAAAAAAAUAACUUUGUUGUUUUGUGUUCUUGAGAAGAUAGAUAGAAUCAGAAGUAUGAUUCUCGAGAGUAUCUAUGUUCCAACCGAAUUUUGGAACUUCAAUCAUCCUUAAAUGGAUGAUAGAAUCAGUUGUAAGUUGGUUACAUGUAUUUUGGCGCCAAAAAUAUUUAGUUACAAGACAUAACUACCUUAUGGCAUCAUCAUGAUAUCACUACUAGUUUUGGCAGGAAUUUGCAUGGCUUGACCUUUUCCAUCGUUAGGGGCUCUGCCCCUUGGACCCCGUAAGGGGCGCUGCCCCUAGACCCCACGCAGGGGUAGAGCCCCUCGGAACCCUGCACUGAGGGGCUCUGCCCCCUUAGACUCUUGUAUUCCCGAGUUCACAUUUAUCACUCCGAGUAUGCACCCCGCUCCUAUCUCGGUUAAUAAGUAGAGCUCAGUCUAUCUCAAUAUUAAUUAUAACAACUCUACUAAAAUAUGUUGAUAAAACUCACUACUAAGAAACAGACCUUUAAUGACGCGCAAUUUAUGUCACGCAGUGAUUUAUGAUACGCAAAAGCACGUGACCUAAAAAUAAUGUCAGCUCUCUAGAAAUUUUAAGGAUUUAGAACGCGCAUUCUUGCGUGCCCUAGAAUAAGUGUUAGAAAAAAAACACGGAGGGCACUUAUUAUAAAAUAUGCGUCAUCUAAACAUGUCGCUUUAUAUUUUUUAAUGAAACGCGCUCUUUAGUAAUAAGCGGGUAAAAGAAAAACCCAAAAAUUAGAAAAGCCUGCUUUCACUUCCCUCUUUAACCUAGCCCGCUUUCACUUCCCUCUUUACCCUAAUCGGCGAUACUUCUUUCCCCUUCCCACAUCGAUCGCUAACUACUCCCCUCACACUCCGACCACUACUUUGUGCUAUUUCUUGGUCGUCGACCCUCCGCCAACGUCGCAUCUUUUUCACACCUUCCUCUGCCAUCGACCUAUUAGCUCUUCGAAAUUAGAAGGACUAUGUAACAAUUCCAGUAGAAGAUCAAGGCCAACAAGACAACAAUCCCUUCCAGUUCCUAAAUCUCAACAGGAAGCCGAACUAGAAGACACAAAACCAACAGCAAUUCCGUUCACCUGGGAACAAAUCCCCGGAAAAGCAAAACACCCAAAAAAAAUCAGAACAAAAAACAUACAAAAUUUUCCGAUUGACGACCAAUCAUAAGACGAUGUUCCUCCCGACGCCGUUGAAACACCAAGAAGAAAUCGACAACAAUUUCGUUCACCUGCACCCGUUGGAAUCUGAAUUCGCGACAUCUAAUCGGAAAGUAUGAAGAACUUACCUGCUCCAUCUACUUCUAUCCUAGAGCUGACGAUUUAGGGCCUUACAACUUCUCAUCCCACACAACGUCGAAGAUGCUGCUCGUGAUUUUUUUGUCAUUCUGACAAGCCCUAGCUCGGAUUGAACUAAGGUUCCAUCACUACUCCAUUUAAGUGACUUCCUGAUGAAUAAUCCUUAAAUCCCACUGUAUUGGAGGUGCAAAGCCUGUUGUGGAUGAGAAUGCAGGUAGAAUAAUAAGUGCGUGGCGUGCAAAAAGAUCCUCUUCUCAACCAUCAGAGUCCUCUGGUGCUAGGCUUAAACAGCUAAAGGAAGAAGAAAAGAGAAAAUCAAAUAAGGCACUGCCUGAAUAGAUGAAGCAGAGCAGGUGAAUGGGUAAUGAUGUUUGUACAACAACGAGUAUCCAUGAGCUAGCUGCUACAUCAGAGCACUUGCUUCUUGGUUUACAUCUUUUGAAAACACCGAGUCUCAGGCAUGCGAGCGAUGCUUCUCAUGUCCCAAGCUUUGUAGUUCAGCAACCGUUUGAUCCAGCAAGCUAGUUCCCCAUCAGUUUCCACACGUGCUAGUAUUAGAAGGAAUGCAUCCCUUUAGGAGUUUAAGGAAGUGCACAUAAAAGGGUGUGGCUGUUGUUCAAUUACAAAUUAUUCUGACCAAUAGUAUUCCUAAUGGUUGGAUGGGAUUGGACAUUGGACAAGAUUCCAUUAAGUCAUUUAGUGAAACUUUGGAAACUAUCUAAACUAUUAUUGGGAAUUUCCUUAUAUGGGUACAGAUACAUACUACCCUCUUAGAUUGUUUUUAAUCUUUAGUCAAAUUACUAAAAUACCCUUGAUAUAAGCACCCACAAUGCAUAGUCUUCCCAAGUACAUGAUGAUGUGUGAAUAAGUUUUCUUGUCCUAGGCUAUUAUGAAGAAACUAGUGGAACUUAGUGGAAAGGGAAUGACAAGAUGAGCCACAUCUGGACAGGUGCCGGUGCCAGCUUGGAGCUUCUAGAAAGAAAAACACUUCUAGGUAAUUCAAAGAAAAUUAGUAAGUGUGCUUACACUAUCCACCUUGAUCAAUGGCAACAUUGGGCCUUGAUCAAUGUCUUACACAGGGACUAUACAAAUCCUAUGCUUCCUGUUGCAUCUUCAACAAUAGAUGCUACUGGUAUGGCAAUAUAGAUAUUGUUACUAAGGAAGAGUGGAGACAAGUCAAACACACAUUUAAAAAAAUCAACACAUAUCUUGUUUACAGUAAGGCACACAUUAGGUUAUUAGAACUAUAAGUUUGUAAAUUUUUGUUACAACGUCUAUUGAUUUAUUUUAUCUUUCCAUGGAACAAUUAUUUGUAUGACAUUAACUUUUGUGCAAUGUA